GUACAGCCCCCCAGAGAAGGCUGCACGCCUGGCCAUCUGGCCCCUGCAUGCUUACUCACACUUGCCACCCCAUAGCCAUAUGUCCUGUGCUGCCCUGGCAGUGCCCCAGUUUGUAAUUCUCUCUGGUCUCAGAGGUGGAAGCCAAGGCCAUUGCUUUGUGUCCAUUGAUCCGUGGCUCUUCCUGCCAGGCCCAGAAUAUCCCCCAUCUCAUCAGGGAACCUCUGGCCACAGCCCAGGGACUACAGCUGUGGUUGGUGGACAGUGCAGCAGCUGGACUCCUGUACCCCAGCCCUCCCUGUUUCCAGGGCAUCUGGCCAGUGCCAAUGCCAUUCUUUUGCAAGCGUGUGAGGGGCUUUCGCUCAGGGGCCCUUGUAGUUGGCAGAAUCUGGACCAGCAGCUUUCUUGGCCCCCUGCCUCUAGAAAAUACCCACAUUCUCCAGAGCAGUACCAGAGUGCAGUUAUCAGUCCUGCCAACAUCAGAAGGGGCCUGGUGUCAGGGAGGGAGACACCCCAGCCUGGGGAUCUCAAUCCGGGCAGAACAGAGUGGAGAGCUGAAGAGGGCUUGGUAAUGCAUUGAGUAGAGACAAUGAGAUGGUGAGUCUGGCCUGCAGGGACCCUCAGAGCUGCCCUGCCCAGGAAGGGGGCUGGCUGAUGCCAACUUACCCGUCUCCGGCCUUAGCUGGCACAAGUCCAGAGGUGGAGUGGGGAGCUGGUCAGGCUGGUCAGUUGGGCUUGGAGGGGCACAUGUGUCUAGGCUGUUGUCUCUAUGGCAAUGGCAGUGGCUACAGGGUGUGUCUGCAAAGAGGAGGGCCACCCUGGGGGGCCAGAGCAAGGCAAGACUGCUGUGAACAUGCAGCUUCCAGGGGCGGAAGGACACUGGCCAUCCAUGACCACACCUGGUAUACCAGGCAGUGAAAACCAUCCAGACAUCAGUGUCCAGCUCAGCCUCCAAAACACUUUGAGGCCAGGGUGGCCACCUGGCUGGAGCCCUACAGGAGGCGGCCCUGGGCUUGAAGUUAAUGGGUCUGCAGGAGGGGUCCUGGCACGGGGCAUGCAGGUUGGCGCUCCAGGUGGCCCCCUCCUUCUGCCACUCCUCCUCCCUAUGGCUUCCCUAGCGCUCCCUGGGCGGAAUCCGUGGGGACGACGCCUUUUAGCACGGUCCUCUGGGUGCCGGCUCCGGCCGCAGACGCCCACGCUGUUCGGCGUGGCGGGCGCCACUCCCUCGGAGCCCUGCCCUCUGCCCGUCGAGCCUUCAGCACCACAGACAGUGUUUGGGCAGAGGACGGGAGGGCGGAGCGGGGGACGGAUACCUGCACAAAGACCCGUCCAGCGCGGCGCCCGGAAUCCGACUCCGCUCCCGCGGCACGGCCGUUGCUAUGGAAACCAAGCAACAAAGGUUAGCGGGGCCAGCACCAUGAGGCGGGGUGGGGGUAGGGUUCUCUCGGAGCCCGCGCCCCUUCCCGCCGCACAGCGCACCCGGGAUGCAGAGGGCGGGGAGUGGUGGAACCCAGGCCCCGCCUACUAGGGCUCCCAAACCCGCGGGGCACAGGCGACUGGGAGACAGCCCCAGCUAGACAGCCCCGAC